AUGCGACACUUCAUUGCGGUCUUGGUUGCGGCAGCUUCCCUUGUGCAUGCCGCGCCUGCUUGCUCUGUCAAACAACAGAGCGUUGAGCCUGUCAGUCAUGGAAGCACUGCCAAUACCAACCAAGGAAGCGCUGGUACUGUCAAGCAAGGAGCCGAUACCUCCGUCAAGACUCAAAGUGUCACCUUUGACUGGGGCGUCGAUAAGGUCCGCGGCGUAAACAUCGGUGGCUGGUUGGUCCUUGAACCGUUCAUUACACCUUCGAUCUUCGAGAAAUACAGUUCAGACGAAAAGCCUGUUCACGAUGAGUGGACGGUUUGCGAGAAGGUGGGGCAGAGCAAGUGUGCUGAUGCGCUGAAACCCCAUUGGGAAAGCUUCGUCUCCAUCGAUGACUUUAAGAAGAUCAAAGGCGCUGGUUUCAACGUUGUGCGAAUCCCUGUCGGAUACUGGACCUUUGUGGAUGCAUGGGGUCCUUACACCCAAGGAGCCGCUCCCUACCUUGACCGUGCAAUCGAUUGGGCCAGAAAAACCGGCCUCAAGGUCGUCAUCGAUCUCCAUGGCGCACCCAAGUCCCAAAACGGCUUCGACCACAGCGGCCAUAAACAAGCUGCGCCAGGUUGGGGCGACCACGACAGUGUCAGCUAUACGCUUGCCGCACUUGAGGUGCUCGAAAAGAAAUAUGCCACGCCUGAGAUGCAAGAUGUCGUCGUUGCUAUCGAAUUUCUCAACGAGCCUUAUCUGAAGAUGCUUGAUAUGGCGACGGUCAAACAGUUCUACCGCGACGCGUUUAAUAACCUGAGAAAGAUCAGCAACAUGACUGCCAUGAUGCACGAUGGCUUUUACGACCCACAAUGGCUCAACGGGUUCUUGACCCCACAAGACAACAAUGCUCAUGGUGCCGUUGUCGAUCAUCACGAGUACCAAAUCUUCGAUAGUGGUUUACUCGCCAUGUCGAUUGACCAACACGUUGCUCUUGUUUGCCAAUCUGUCAGCAAUUAUGACGGUUCCGAUAAACCGACUGUCGUCGGCGAAUGGUCCGGCGCCCUGACAGAUUGCGCUCCUCACCUCAACGGCUUCAAGGCCGGCUCCCGCAUGGAAGGCACAUUCGCUGGCUCUUCCUACAUUGGAUCCUGCUCCGGAAAAGGCGGGCCCAUUUCUUCAUGGUCACAGGAAUGGAAGGACGACGUACGCCGUUACAUUGAAGCACAACUCGAUGCUUUUAACACAAAGACGCGCGGCUAUUUCUUCUGGAACUUCAAGACAGAGGGACAUGCGGGCGAGUGGGACCUCUUCGAAUUGCUCGACAAUGGUGUAUUCCCGCAGCCACUGGACAAUAGGCGGUUCGGAAAGGCUUGCUCGAACUUUUAA